GGACAGGCGGAGUGUGCAACACCGCCACCCCACAAAUGACGCUCCUACAGACAGCUCAUCGCAUGCAUUCAAUGAGUUCGGUGGCCUCGUCUCUCCUUCUAUCCUUUAUUCAAUUCAACCAGCAAAAGAACGAUAAUCUAUGUGCUGCGAAUGGUGAAAUCCGUCGUGCCGUACUCCGAGUCAUUGGAGCGAGUAAAUCUCGUGCAUGGAAGAGCUGGAACCGUUCUUCAUUCCCGUGUUUGAAAAAUUACAUUUUUGUCAAUGUACUCUGGAUGUGUUGGCGUCCGUGACGCUGGUAACGUGCAAUAGAAGCAGAAGGGAGCCCUAGUGUAUAUUCUGUUGCUGCAAAUCUCACUGAUGAAAUGCAUCGGAUCUAUGAAGCCGACAGGACGAAAUAGUUUUAUAGAAAGCAAGCUUCCCACUUCCCUACAUUGAAAAAUUGACUGGACGAGGUGAAUGAUCUACUCAGCCUUGCGUGUGACAUGGGGCUCUCUGGCAGCGUUUCUUGCCAUGCCACUGUGCUUUGCAUUAUUCCGCUUCUGGUCUUGAUUAUCCUCUAUGCAUGCUUGUUGCUGCCAACUCCCGCUUCUUUCUUCCGGCCACAGCAUGGCACAAACAUGAAAGAAAAUGUCCCAAAAGAUGAGCUAGAUGCAAUACUUCAGGGAGUCUCCAUGCAGAACAAGACACUGAUCAUUGUGAUACUAAACAAGGCAUAUGUUGAGGAAAAUGGCAUGCUAGAUCUGUUCCUGCAAUGUUUUCAAGAAGAGGAGAACCAAUUCUUGAUCAGGCACAUUCUCUUUGUUGCAGUUGAUGAAACGGCCUUCAACCGAUGUUGCGCCCUAGAGCUUCACUGCUACAAACUCACAACUGACGAAGUCAACUUCUCAAAAGAGGCAUUUUACAUGUCUAAUGCAUUUAAUGAGAUGAUGUGGAGAAGAACUCUCUUCCUUGGGGACGUCCUCCGACGUGGAUACAAUUUCAUCUUCACCGAUAUGGAUGUUCUUUGGCUGCGAAAUCCAUUCUCAAGGUUGAGUCAUGAAGGAGAGGACCUUCAGUUGAGCUGUGACUUUUUCUUCGGCAAUCCAUUCCACAAUCCCCACUUCAACACUGGUUUCUACUUUGUAUCUGCCAACAACAAAACCAUAGCCCUGUUUGAUGAAUGGUAUGCAUUGCGAAACAAUUCCACAGGCAAGAAAGAUCAAGAUGUGCUUCAGGCGAUGAUGAAGGAGGGUGCCUUUACGAGGCUGGGGUUGAGGGUUAGAUAUUUGGAGACUACAUAUUUCAGUGGCUUCUGUCAAAUGAGUCAGGACUCCAGGGAAGUGAUAAUAGUCCAUGCAAACUGUUGUGUAAGUGUGAAAGUCAAGCUCAUAGAUCUCUCAAAAGUGUUUCAAGUUUGGAAAUCAAUCGAGGGGAAUCUCACAUCAGAGACUGCUGCAUGGCCUCCAAAGGCUGGAAUUUGCUUGCAUGAUACUACUGUUAAGUGAGUUGAGUGAGAUGGACAAACUUGGGUUACUUUCUGGCCUGUCCGACUACCAUUAAAUGAUGAUGUCAGGCUCCAUGUUCCACGUUCCAGCCAUCAUGUCAUUUAUCAGGAGUGGCAAUCCUUCUGAGCUAGUAGAAAAAGAAUACAAGGAGAUGAUAGUGAAACAUUGUACUUUAAUUUAUCUUGUUGGAACCUUUGUUCCAAUUUAUACAUUUAAACCGACAUUAAAUAUUGGGAAUUUUAUGAGAUGAAUCUUAUACAAUUAUUAUUCUA